AUGGAGAUAACGACAUCGGAGGACCCCCAGGAUGCAUGGGAUGUCUCGAAAUAUGGUAAACCAGACCUCUUCAUAACGUUCACGUGUAAUCCUGCAUGGAGAGAGGUCGCUGAGCAGCUGAAACCUGGGCAGACGCCUUCCGAUAGGCCAGACAUCGUUGCUCGCGUUUUCAACAUCAAAUUGCAAGAGCUUUUCACGGACCUCUUCAAGCGGCAGAUAUUUGGAGUUGUGAAAGCGUAUAUUUCGGUUAUGGAAUGGCAGAAACGCGGGUUGCCUCAUUGCCACAUGCUCAUUACAUUGUCAGAGGAGGACAAGCCAAGAAGUAUUACUGACAUUGACUCCAUUGUACAAGCCGUCAUCCCUGACCGAGAGACAGAGCCUCGCCUUCAUGGCAUUGUGACAUCCUGCAUGAUGCACAGACCAUGUGGAGUUGACAACCCGCAUUCGCCAUGUAUGGUUGACGGGAAAUGCUCGAAAAGGUUCCCAAAGCAAUUCCGAGAUGUAACAACUACAGAACAUGAUGGUUACCCGGAAUAUAGCCGACCUAACGACGGCAGAACUGUGGUUUCUGGAGGCAAAGUACUAGAUAACAGAUCCGUAGUGCCGUACAACAAGUAUUUGGCACUUCGUUACAAUGGCCAUUUGAAUGUGGAAAUCUGUGGUAUGGUUCAAGCGGUUAAGUACAUGUACAAAUACGUAUACAAAGGGCCAGACCGAGCGGCACUGCACAUGCUGAGGAGCACCGACGAGCGAGACAACAGCGUGAUCAAUGAGAUCGAUGAGUUUGUCAAUGCUAGAUACGUAUGUGCCCCAGAGGCUGUACACAGACUACUUGGAUUUGACCUUCAAACGAAAUCGGAUACAGUCUGCAGAUUGCAGGUUCACCUGCCGGAUUAUCAAAUUGUGAAUUUCCAAGGAGGUCAAGAAGAAGAAGCAAUCCGUCGGGAAGCUGAAAGAGACACUACACUAACCGCCUUUUUCAAGCUGAACCAGGAACAUGAGCUCCUCUACGGGAAUGGAGAAGUGCCUGAGAGAGAAAAGGAUGCUAGAUUGCUGUUGUACACACAGAUACCAGAGUUCUUCUCUUUUGACCAACGAACGAGGAAGUGGAAGAUGAGAAGGAGGCAGAAUCGUCAAAUUGGAAGAAUGUACACUGCGAAUCCGUUAGACGUCGAGCGCUACAGCCUGAGAAUCCUUCUCCUGAAUAGAAGAGGACCAAAGUCGUUCAACGAUUUGAAGACUGUAGAUGGAGUAGUCCACAACACGUUCAAGGAAGCAGCUAAAGCGCUCGGGCUGAUGAAUGACGAUUCUCAUUACGAAAACUGCUUAAGUGAAGCAUCCGAGUUCCACAUGCCGGUCCAACUUAGGUCCCUGUUCAGUAGUCUCCUCUGUUUCUGUACCGUCAUUGAGCCUGCGCAGCUGUGGAAUAAGUUUAAACGUGCAAUGGCAGAAGAUUACAUUCAUAGAGGAGUUGACCCUGUAGAAGCCAUUAUUCGUGCAUACUUUGACAUCAUGGAUAGGAUGGCCAUUUUCGGUGCUGAUCUCAGGAGCUUGAUCACCCCGCCUUCUGAGAGUAGACCAGCGCCUCUCAACGAGGACGAGCUCACAGAAGCUGAACAUGUUGCUUAUGGAGAACAGUUAAUCGAGCAACUGAACGAGCAUCAAAGGGCAGCUGCGAAUAACAUUUUGCUAACUGUGAACAACGCAGACGGCCGACACUUUUUUAUAGACGGUCCUGGAGGCAGUGGAAAAACUUUUCUCUACACUGCGCUGUAUCACACAUUGCUUGGCAUGAGAAAAAAUCUCAACAUCCACGAUAAUAACAGAACGUGCUCGAUGAAAAGAGAAUCAAGGGAGGCUAGAGCUCUUCGUAACGUGUCGGUAAUAUUUUGGGACGAGAUAUCCAUGGUUCCGAAAUGGACCCUCGAGGCCGUGGACCUUCUCCUCAAAGAUAUAAUGCAGAACGAGAUCCCGUUCGGAGGCAAACUUAUGGUCAUAGGAGGAGACUUCCGGCAAGUCCUCCCAGUUGUGGAGAGAGGACAACAAGAAGAUUUAGUAGACGCCUGCAUUAAG